UUGACCACAGCUGACCACAACUGCCCCAGGAGCCACAUCUGUGUUGCUGUUGUUGAUGUCUGGCGUCAAGUGAGACCAUCAUGGACGUGAAACCCGAGGCCAACAAUCACCUGGAGCAGUUCAGUAAAGCUGUCAACAUAUUCCGUGACAGGGCUUUACAGAUUCUGAUGUUCCUGUUGUACCGAGUGACCCGACGUCUGGUGCUGACCUGCCAAAAGUUUACCUGGGCUGUCUCAGGUGUUGAGCGCAUCAGACGAGACGCGGCCAGGGGGUUGAACUUCAAGCAGAGCGCCCACGUACAGGAGAUCUUCUGGAAGAGCAAGUUCCUGGACCACUCGGUGGCGGACCCCAGCAACUUCAUCACCACCCACAAGGGCUUCAGGCAGCCGAACUGCAUCUUCAUGCCCAACGUCUCGCUGUACUGCAUGACGCGCAAGGAGGCCGUGUUCAUUGAGGUCAAGGAGGGCGACAACGUCUACAAGUCCAAACACAGCACGUUUCUCUACCAGAACCAGUACCAUCACGCCGUCAACGUCAUCACACUUCCGCUGGCCUCGUUCCAUAAAAUGGCCAGUGACGUAGGCAACCCCCGAAUCCCGGUCACGUGGAUGGCAUGCACUGCCAGAAGCGGCUCCACCCUAUUGAGUCAGAUGAUGUACCGUAUUCCGGGCUUGCUUGUCCUCUCUGAACCGGACGCCAUCACCACUCUGGGCUUCCUCUACAAAAACAAACAGCUGCAGCCGGGUGAGUACAACCAGCUGCUGGCCAGCUGUGUCCGGCUGCUGUGUAAACACGACGACCGCUACAACUCUGUGUUCGUCAAGGCCAGACCCAGCACGACCUGUCUGCUGGAGGACAUUGUCCAGGUGUUCCCCAAGUUCCGCUACCUCUUCAUGUACCGCAACAGCAUGAAGAGCAUCGUGUCCAACCUCAGCCUCUUGCAGCAGGACCCCGCCCCUAAGGCUCUCCGCUUCAUCAUGGACAACAGCAUCCUCUCGACAUUUUUGCCAUUCGUCAGGUCGCACUUUUACUACUACAACGUCUUCCUCAACGAGAAGAAGGUGCCGGGCGUGGUGCCCAAGAAGCUGGAUUCUGUCGGCAUUUUGACGGCAGGCUGGGCGGCCAGUGUGGCGCAGUGUGCCGACCUGCGGUACAGGGGCUACAACGUGGGCUCCAUCCUGUACGAGGACUUCAUGAACAACCCCAGGCGCUCGCUCUCCGCGCUGCUCAAGCGGCUGGACAUCAGGGGCGAGUACCUGGCCCUGGCAGCCGAGGCCCUGAAGGUGGACUUUAACCUGGGCGCCUCGCACGAUGUCAGCAUGGACCUGCGCCGCAUGAUGUCGCCAGAGAGCAGGCAGGAAGCAGACAACGUUCUCAAGGCCUAUGGGCUACCCAAGCUGGGGGAACGACAUGAAAUUUCGGGGCUGCUCAAAUUAGAAUAGCUAACUUCAUCUUCUAACAGUGCCAUUUUCAUCUUGAACAAAAUCGCUUACAUUCUUCAAACUAUCUCAUGUUCUCCUGUGUUCCAGAAUUUCCAUGUUCUCGUGUAUAUCUAAAACGAUUUUUUUAUUUAUUUUGCCGGCUCACAAGUUUCUGCCUUUCUGCUGUUCUAAAAUAUAGUCUUAUUAAAUAUCAAGGCAAGUCGCAAGCACAGAAAGGUAAAAUGUAAGCUGCUGAAAUUAAAAAUGAAAACAACAGAUUUGUUCCAUCUUCUUGCAUUGUUUAGGUCUAGUGUUAUAAUACUUCAAGAUCCCUUCCUACAUAAAACUUUGGUUUAAAACGUCACAUCAACUUCAGAGGUAACAUUUUAAAUCUAUCGCCCGGCUGGCCAACAGUACUAGCAGUAUAAAUAAAUUGAGCGGUGUCACACAAUGUAUGAUUUCUAUAUGUAAACUACUUGUCUGAAACCUAUUUUAUGAAUCUAGAUGUUAUCUCCACCGUGCCUUAGAUUAAGCCGAAGAGUUUGAUCGCUACAAAUUGUAAAAUUAUCCUAUCUAGGUGAUGAAUGAAAUCUUGAGAUAUGUAAGAUACUGAAUAAUGCUAGGUGAUGAAUGGAAUCUUGAGAUAUGGAAGAUACUGAAUAAUGUUUGAGAAUGGAUCGAGCUCCCGGGGCUGCGAUCAGAGCGUAAGACUACCAUCUGUGUAUGCUUGUGUGGGAGAGGUCACUUUUGAAACCUGACAUGUACAACUAUCGGUGCACUU